ACAAUAUACAACAAAGUACCUACAUAAUUAUGAUGAGGUAACAUAAUAUGUACCUGGAAUUCCAGUAGUUUGUGAUAAACGUCCUGUAUGGAAAAGUAGUAGAGAUUAUCUUACAUAAAAUUAUGAACCCACCAUCUACUCUCACAGUCACCUAGAACUGGGACCCAGUAGUAAUGGACUUAUUAACAACAUGUACAUGAUUGUGGACGAAGUGUGUACCUUGAUACAAACCAUUUUGGCGAGCAAGUACACCAUAAGCAGGAAGACACCAACAACAUUUCUCACUCCUCAUCGCACAAAAGACACUCCUCCCUCCUUCCCUUUAUCUCACUCCUAAUUGAACCCAUGAAUUCCUC